GCUAGCUGGCUGGGGAGCCUCUGCCGCUAUCGUUUUCUAACAUGAACCUUCGAAAACACGGUCAUCUUCACUAAAGUGGUUCUGAAAUGUCUUACUGGAUUUGCUGCAACUCCUGCUUCCUUCCCCCCAGUGCUGAGCGAAAACUGGCUGUCACAACAUGUGGUCAUAUCAUCUGUAGCGUCUGUUUUCAAAAAGCAAGCCAAGGCAAGUGUUUGAUAUGCAAUGCCAAGUGCCAAAUAUCCCCUCUGUCAGACAAAAGCAGCUCAGAAGUGAAGGCCUUGUUCUCUGACAUCAGUGCUGUUGCAACCAAACACUUGGGUGAAAUUGGCAAGGUUAUGACAUUCCAGACAAGACAUCAAAAGAGACUGCUGACUCAUUACAAGCAAAGGAAUGAGAAAUUAGAGGGAGUUUAUGUCAAGAUGAAGCAAGAAAUGCAACAGAUGGCAAAGAAACUGAAUGAACAGAGCGCCUACAUUGCCAAGCUGGAAAACUCCCUUCAGCAUCACAGGGCCAAAGUUUCAUCAGUGCCACAGAUGAGCCACAGUGCACAAACUCCACAGAGACAUAAACCAGUCCUGCAGAUUCCAUAUAACUCCCCCAUGUCUCUCUCAAGACACUCUUCAGUGGUUAAUGUCAGCACUGAAAACAUGGAGGUGGAUAAUGUGUUUAGAAAACCUAACACUGCCCCCAGACUGUCAUUAAUCAGCCCACCAAAAGACGGACGAAUCGGCACUGUAUCUCAUCGAUCCUCUGAUCAGAUCACGUUGGCAAACCACUCGGUUUUCUCAGCCACAGCCAGCCGUCUUCAUGGAGCACCAGCAACUCCAGAUGUGUCUUACAGCCAGGGAUCAGGAUGGACAUCUUCCAUCUUCAAACCUCCUUCCCCUUUUAGACACUCUAUGACCUCCCUGGUCUCCCCACUUCCAUAACACUUACUCAAACACCAAUACAUCCACACAUAUAAACAGAAUGUUGUCAUGGAGCCUUAAAAGGGAAUACACCUGGCCACUGACAUGUUCAAUGGUAUUUAUGUCUUUCAUUGACUAAAACUGACUUUUUAGCCUGUUUAUCUGCUGUAUCUUAACAAAUUCAAAUCCCCAGUUGUAUUUGCAGACUGUGAUUUACCCCUAGCCUGUGCUGUUGAAUUGGAAUGUUUAUUUCUUGAAAUUA